AUGCAGCUCUGCUUAGCUGAUCCUUCUGCAGAUCCACCUUGUCCUUCUAAUCGUUCAUGUGAUUCAGUAGAGACCAGGACAACUGAUCUGACAAUGCCCUCCAUUAGCCCAGAACAACCACCUAUCGAACCAAUUAACAAUUAUCCUCAACGAGAACUUGCCAUCAAGCGACAUUAUGAUCAGGGAACCAGACCAGAUCUAGUCGCAGAGAUGGAGAAGUGGUACUCAAUGACAGACAGAUAUGGAUUUCUUCAAGAUACUCCAAUCACUGACAGGCAAAGGCAAAAAGAAGUCGAACGGGCAACCAAAUGGGCUGCCAUGGCCAAACACAGGGUGCUGCACAAAGAAGAUGUUCACUAUUUCCCUGUGACCAAAAAGUUUAUUCAAAGAGUCUACAAGGGAAUUCCUGAUUGUUGGAGGAGAGAUGCCUGGUACUUUCUAUGCACUGAUCAACUACAAACAGCUGCCCAUGAUGAUAAGCUUCGAAUAACGUAUGCGGAGUUACUUUUAAAACACGAGUCAGAUCAUGACCACCAGAUUGAUCUAGAUAUUCCACGCACUACAGGAGAUCACAUAAUGUUUAAGCAACGUUAUGGAACAGGUCAAAAGUCUCUGUUUAAUGUCCUGAGAGCAUUUUCACUAUAUGACACCGAAGUUGGUUAUUGUCAGGGGAUGACCAAUAUUGCAGCUACAAUCUUAAUGUACUUUGAAGAAGAAAAAGCCUUUAUUGUCCUGGUUCAUAUGUUCCUACGGGACAACCUUCAUGAUCUUUACAUUCCAGGGUUUCCUAUCCUAAUGGAGAGUUUCUUUAUCCAGGAAAAGCUAUUACAACAGUACCUCCCCAAACUAUUUAACCAUUUGAAUGAGAUUGGUCUCACAAGCGAUAUAUAUUCUACUCGUUGGUACAUUACACUCUUUACAGGUGGAGUGGUAAGAUAUCACACUCUUUUGCGUAUAUGGGAUAUAUACUUUUUGAAUGGGUUUGAUAUUCUCUACGUUGUUGCCCUGGUAUUACUCAAGACCUUUCAAGAACGCCUUUUAAAAGGAGAUCUAGAGCUGUGCAUGGAACUACUUGGUUCUGUCAUGACCGUCGAUGAUGAUGAUCAAUUUAUUGCCACAGUAAGACGACUCCACGACAAGAUACAAUACCGUGGACUACUGGAAACCAUUAGGAAUCAAUACAAAUCUAAUAGCAUCAACAAUAACAAUAACAUUUAA